CAAUCAUUCAUUACUUCCGUAGUCAAAAAUGGCCGCUGGAGACACAGCGCUUUGGCUCCAUAACAAGCUAGGUUCUACUGACGAUUUAUGGUCAGGAAAAAGCAUCUGUUCACAGCUUACAAGAGAAAAGCUAAUUACUAUUCAAGAUUGCUUUCAUGCUCUACAAUCUCACGUUAAAGUCAAGCUGCUGUUAUCCUUUCUCCAUAUUUCCAAACGCAACAUCGAGCAAUGGCAACUGGACUUCGAGGAAAUUAUUACCUUGGGAAUGAAUGACCCAGAUCCAUGGGUUGCAACAAUUGGAGAAAUACUCAGGGAGUACCCGGCCACCGGGGCUCUUCUCAUGGUGGAACAAGACAACCGCCCAGACACUGGCAUGGUUGCUUGCUUAGAAGAAAUGAAAACAUUAGCUAAAAAAUCAACUGUGAGCAUGAUGCCACUUGAGUGUCAAUACCUGAACAAGUCUUCACUGACAGCUGUCGCUGGACAUAUCCCGGAGUCGACAAAGCACUUUACGGUGAAGAGAAAGCCCAAGUCUGCUGCUUUAAGGGCGGAUAUCAUACAUAAAUCCUCAGAGACAGUCCAAAAUAAAAGGAAUCAUGCUUCAAGCUCCGUACCUAUCAAAUCUCGAAGUUUUGCCAAAAAGAUGGACACAACCCCUAUCCGCUCUGUCACGGGCAGAUCUCCUUUGUCUGGAUCAGACUUUCGUUCUCCUGGUUCAACCUUGCAGCGCUUGAACUCCUCGAUGGGCCGAUCACCCAUAACCCCACUUCCUCUCACCCCAAGAUCAGGUUCAAAGAAGGACAGCAAAAUCAAGUUGCUUGAAUUGGAGGAAAUGCCAGUUGGAGCAAAAGAAGCCAAAAGAAGGAAGAAAAUUGCCGACAUGGAGGCGUUGGAAGCUCAAAAGAAAGAAAAAGAAGCAGCAGCAGCAGCUGCAGCGGCAAACCCAACAACUGCAGCAGCGACCACUGUUAGCUCAGCUCUGCCAUCAUAUGCCCCAGACUACGCAGCAGGUCUCAUCGCUCCAGCAACUCCCAAAAUGCCCAUCACUGUGCUGAGUGUUUCAUCAUCUGCCUUGUCUCAACCAUCACCUGCCUACCUGCCCACUCCUGUCAGACCAAGCAGUCAAGGCACUACUUUGAGUGGGAUUGGCACUCUGUCCUCUGCACCUACAACUGGGAAAAAACAGACCUUGCCUCAGCAGCUCAAGCAACAGCAGCAACGACUACCGGCUGCAGCUAAUGUGGUGAGCGCAGCACCCUCGACGUUGCCCAUGAUGGCACCAAUUUUAAUAGCACCUCAGCCUCCACGCCCAACUCUGCCUGCCGCAACUCUGACCAGUCUGACGAGUGCACAGGUCAGGGCAGCCAGCAAUCUUUCCAACUUGCCCACCAGGCCUCCUACUUCCCCCAGCUUGCGACCACAACAGACAAUCUUAGUGCAGCCGGCAGGGACAAAUCAGCCACAAGUGAUGGCUGUGACCCCUACCCCUGCUCCAUCUACACCGGCCCAGACACAACCAGCCAAUGCAAAGAAAGGCCUCUUUCUAACAAAAGACCAAAUGACUGAUGCUCAAGAAAUGUUCAAAGCAUCCAACAAAGUGUCAAGACCUGAGAAGGCUCUUAUCCUUGGCUUCAUGGCUGGCUCCAGAGAGAACCCUUGCCCAUCUCAAGGGGACAUCUUGAACAUCAAGCUGAGCGAGCGAGAGGAACUCAUCCAGUUGCCUGAUGGAACGCAAAAGAAAAAGAUUGAAGAUACAUACUUCCAGAUGAACUAUGCUACUGGAGAGUGGAAGAGGUUUUUCAAGUACAGAGAAGCUGCUAUAUCAUGACCAAGAACGUGACUUGUUUUUAUUCUUUGUAGUGAUUUUUUUUUUUCUUCUGUUGUAUGCUUUGAUGAGGAUGAAGUUGUGGGAGGGGAGGGUUUGGGGAAGGAGGGGGUAAGUGUUACUUAAUAGUUUGGAUACUGUCAGAUUUGAUCUGAUAUUAUUGCUCCCAGUUCGCAUAAAGGAGAAAGAGAUGGUCUGUGCACACUGAGUAUCAGAAAGCGAAAGACUGUUUGAUUACAGGUUAAUUUUUUGUACAUUUUUUUAUUUUGCAUUGAGCGACAAAUGAUGGUUGUUUUGUGCCCUGUUGCUACACAAGAACAAGAUGUUUUGUUUACUUUUGGCCAAAUGCUUGAUGACCUCAGUUUAUCACUGUAUUGUCCCUAGGGGACCCAGAUGACUGAAAGCAAAGUGUUGUGUACACCUGUGUGACUCCUUCCACCUGCAUAAUGAUGGUGAUAUGAUUCAGUUAGCCAAUAUUGGCUGCAUUUAUUCUCUGUUUGAAUCCUACUCAGGGGUUAAAGGAGGGGGUCAUGAUCUCUCUCUCUCUCUCUCCAAGUCAACCAAAUUCCAUGUGUAGCAUGAGAAUCAUUGUUCAUUUCUCCAAAGGAAUGUUGGAUAGUUUUGUUUCUUCCACACUCAUUUCAUUUUGACCAAAGCUGCUGUUCACCGUUUGCUCGGGGACCGUUUCUCGUAGAGGUCAAAGUUUGCCCUUGAUGGUUCUUGUUUGAUCAGUGUGUCUGACCAGUAUGUGCAGACCCAGCUAGUUGAAUAAGUGUUCAAUUUACUUAAUGUGAACUUUAAACUUUGGUCUUCUCUUCAAUUCUUGGCUUCAACAAAUUGUCUUGUUAUUUUUUGCUCAAGUGUUGUUAUCAUUGGGUACAAACAUUAAAUUGUUGUUUAUGAAACUAAAUGAAUUAGAGAGCGGAAUACACUGGAAUGUUCAAAUGGUUUUGUGUUUGUCUGAUUUUCAAGGCAUCAUGAAUUUCGUAUUUGCACCCAUUUCUGUCUUCAACAGAGGAUGAUUUGUUGCUUGUUGCUUCAUUGCUCUCCUGUGGGAGCGCAACUAUCCAUUUACCAGUGUUGAAAUGUUUACAUUGGUACAGGGAACCCAGGACAAUAUUUUGAUGCGUGUCUGGUCUACAUGGUGUCAUCAGUGUUAAAUCUGAUGCUACUUUUUCCUUUAGUAAUGCUACUGUAAAGUCAAGUUAAUAUUAGUUAUGGACAUUUGAAUGGUAAUGGUACUGAAUAUUUAUUUUUUUAUGGCUGAUAAUGUCAGAGUUUGGAUAAUUUAAAAAUUCUCAAAGCUUCCACUACAUUUAAAAAGAUUUUCCUCAACCUGCCAGUUGUUGGCUUGCACCUUUCUGAAACAACUGGACAAUGGCAUAUUUUGUUCCAAAGGCUUCUUGUGGGCCCUGGUUAUAAUUGAAAAGAAGACAUUGUUAUGAUACCCUGAAACGCCUUAGGUGGUUUUUUUUUCUUUUAAAUGUAUGCUUACAAGUCCAUUUUUAAGGAUACUUUGGUGUAAAAAAAUGUUUCAAAAUAAAAGUCAUGCUUUUUGCAAAAGUUUGUGACAGCAUUUCAGUUUCUGAGCUAUGUGCAUCUGCCCACAUGUUUUGUAACUUGUCAUUGGAAGCAGUAAAUAGUAACAGACCUGCUUCUAUGUCAAGAAAAAGAUCUAGUAAGUAAACACUUUAAGAUGAACAAUCAUUUUCAGGCACUCUAAAAUUUGGAUAGUGUUACCAUUUUCUGAAGUCCUGACCUCACGAAAAUUGCGAGAUUCUACUUUUGCUCAAGUAGUAAAGGUGUCUUGUAUUUUUUGGGGGUCAUUGUUCUUGUUCAUUUUUAUCGAGUAAACUUUCAUGUGAACAAACAGUUCCUUAUGAAAUGUUAGUUUUACACAUUGUUUAUUCUCAACAGAUGCAAAACCGAAAGUUGUCAUACUUCACCUAUGUCAUUGUAAUGUGAGGAUUUGAAAUUUUUUUUUCGUGUGUUCACUUUUUGCAGUUAUGCACUGAACAUUUUGGUAGAACGUGAAGCCAUUGGUGUUUUUUCAGCUACCUGUGUGCUUGUGCCCGCCAAAUUUAGGUUAGUGUUAAUAUAUGCCUAUUAUAUGCCAAGUUACACUUCAUUUUACUUUGUUGUAUUUUCUUUCAUUGUGAAUCCAGUCUCCUUUGUCAUUUGUAAAGCCAGCUAAUUAUAUUGUCAUUAAAAUGACUAAAAGUUACUCUUGGUCUGACUACGUCUACCGUCUCAUGCUGUCUGUGUCCAUCAGAAACAUCGGUGCUAUAUUUUGAACAUGGCUGUUUAUGGUGAUUUUCGCCACUUGUGCUACAUGAAUGUGUGGUUUUUCUUGAGGUCAGCUUCAGUGGUGUCCACUUGAUCUGAACACAGUUAAUCUGAAUACAGUGGGUAAAGAGAGAGAAAAGAGAAUCCGGGGGGGGGUGUCACUAUUUGAACAUUUUCGUAAUAAAAAACAUGGCUUAACUGAAGAAAAUCUGGUGAUCGUGCAGAUUUCAGUUUAAGCGGACUCCAAUAUGUCGCCGUCAUUCAUCAUUGUCAUAUUUGUAAAAAGUACGAACAAAAUUUUUAAAAUUUCAGGCAGGACAUUAUGUUAAUACAAAAUGUUUAAAUAGUCUAAAUAGAUACAUUACUGAUUCAAGGAAAGAAUAAGACUAGGAUCAAUGGAUGUGCCUCAUCGAACUCAAUCAAGUUUUCAUUUUUUUUCUCUUCGAAAUUGUGACAUACUACAUUGUUGAAUGAUAGCGACGGGUAUACAGUCUGGCAUGCGCAUGGCGAACACACUCACAGCGAACAUUGGAAAAGGAUUUUUGGUUCUCAAAUGUUUUUCUUAUCAAUUUUUUGUGUCUAAAAAUGUAUGUAGUUUAAACAAUUCGUACAUUAAAAAAAAAUUGGUGUUACUGAACUAACAAAAUAUGACAGCAAAUAUAAUUUAUCAUUGUAGCCAUGAUGUAAGAUGAGAGCAAUAGUGUAGGCCAGGGACGUGUUUACUGUUCAUGUCACAUAGGUGUUCUGUAGUAGAUCUAGCCUGCACUCUUCAGUUGAGUAUGGGAAGUCUGCGGUUACAUGAAAGCACAUGUCAGGUAUUGUCACCUUGUUUGUCAGCAUGCGAUAGAUAUAACCUAACACACUUCGCAAGAACUUGCCGGCGUCCUGCAAAGUUAGGCCUUGGUAAAAUUGUAGUAGUAGAGAGUGUGGUGGAUUGGAAGAAGCGGGAAGUGUCAUGGUCAAGGAAGAAUGGCUGAUGAUCCUGACAGAUGUGAAUGUGAAUACAAAUAUUUAUUUAAAAAACCCAAAUCUGGGCAAGGAUGAACCCAACACGCAUAUUGGCAUAACAAAGGGGGCUUAAAUUGUUCAAAAUUUUGACCCAAUUGUCCCAAAGUUCGUAGAUAAGGGAAAGAUUUCUGUGUCCUGUUGAUUUUGCCAUGUGCAUGAUAGACUGUAUGUAUUCAGAGAGAGACUAAAAUAAACAUAAGGUGUAGGACAUACACAACAACUGGAGUCGGAUUUGAUGGGACCAGGUCUUUUACUGAUAAAGUUUUACAUUUUUAUUGACACUUGAUGGAUAUGAUAUGCUUGUAGUAACAGUCUGCAAUAAACGCAUGAACUCAUGUCUUUACUACCUGCCCGAAGGUUACAGAUGUGUCCUCAGCGCAGCUAUUACUUUAAUUCUAACUUGCCAGCUGUGUUCUGAAACUCAAAAGGCUGUUGACGGUGGCUCCAUAUCUUCCCUAAUUUCAAAUGUUCAAGUCACUGUUUUGAACUUCAGUCUCAAGAUGUCUUAUAUAAAAAGAGAGGGUGGUUCUUGAAAAGGGAAAGCUGUUUUAUAAACAAUAAAAUUAUAUUCAUUAUGCCUAUUGAAAAAAGUAAAUAAGAUAAGUCGGUGUAUAGUAGUAUAUCAACUUCAAAGUUAAAUUGAAAGUAUUGUCAAUAAAAAGAUUUUUGUACCGAGGUAUUGCUGACAUCAUGAAGCUGAUUCUUGAAAUAACAGAUGAUGAGCAGCUUGGCACAGUGUGUAGGUUAUAUCUCUAUAUUUAGCCAAAAGACAGGUUUAGGUUCUUGUUUCUUUUAUGUUCUGUAGGUUGUUAUUACCUUUACUGUGAUGACUGUUGUUCAUUCAUUUGUAUGAAUUUAACAUCAUUGGAGAGAGAUAUGUGCAGUGCUUGCUUAUGUGAGAGGUUUUUAGGUGUAUGUGUACAUCAUUUUUGUCUGCAAAUGUUUGUGUGUGUGUGUGACUUUGUGGAGAUGUAGAUUUAACUUGCACAUAGUUUCUGUUUAUUCUGUUACAUCCUGUGCAGACUGAGAUCAUGUAUCACCUGUGACUAUGAGGGUUAUCUAAGCUCUUCUUUGUUGACGACAUGCCGUAUCCUAAUACAUGUAUGUACAUCUCUAUCAAGUAGGCAAUGCCACUUUGGUUUACCCUCAUUCAUAGAGAAACGAAAUGUUCAAAGUGCUCAUAUUAUAUGUAAAUGUAUUUGUAUAAAACUUUAUGAAACGAC